AUGACGCUCUCAGCGGCGGACGCGUCGGACUCUAGUGACUACGGACCCGAUUUUUCACCAGAAGAAGAGGAACUUUUAAUCGGGUUACUGGACAAUCUCGCUGCAGAUAGAGGAGACAUCGCCAUUGAGGGCACCCCUGCACGUGCUGGCGAUAGCAUCGCAGUGACGCGCGACGUUGGAAUUGGUGUUUUGGAGUCGGUGCCUAAAACGGUUGCGGAUAUCGAGGAUGUCCCUGUGUCUGCUUUCCAGGCCAGCGGCGGGCAGCCACUCAGCCCGACUACCCAGAAGCUAUUGGAAAUAUGGGACUCUCUGUCUGACUUCGAGAUCGACGACGUCGCUGAAGAGAAGGGUGUAGAGCAUCCUAAUUCCAUAGAAGGCCGGGAAACUCCGCGCCGUCGCGAUGAGGAAGACAGCCAGCAGCAGGCUGUCGACGCGAUGACAGUUGGAAACCGCACGCCAUCUAAGGCUUUGUACGGCCUGAAGCCCAAGUCCCCCUUGGAACGAUUUCGCAAAGCACCUAAAAAGAACCUCUCCGUUACGGAUUUGAUCUCUCCUGCCUGGUGCGAGCUACAAUACUGGUACAGUCUAACAAAGCACGGGCGCAAGCGGCCAACACCUGCAAUGAGGAAAGGGAGCGCGGUCCAUAAGACUCUCGAAGAGCAAGUACAUACCACUGUUCCAGUGGAAAUAUUGACGAGAGAGGACGGGUGGGCUUUGAGAAUAUGGAACGUGAUACAGGGGCUACAUACUCUAAGAACCACUGGAAUGACAAGAGAGCUGGAGGUAUGGGGUGUUAUUGACGGCGAGAUGGUGACGGGCAUCAUCGACGAGCUCUCUUAUGAUUGCCCUGAUGCUGCGCUCGAGGCGGCAUUGAUUCCAAAGCCUGCAAGGGUGAAACCGGUCAAGUCUUUGACUCCCGGGGACCAGAUGUCGUUCACUGAUUAUAUGCUGUCUGCAGCUGGUGGCGGUAAAACGCUUCAAAGCUUUGCAGCAGACAGCCCUGGGGGCACUGAUUCACAAUUAAUAACGGAUAAAAAGAUCUACAUAACAGAUGUCAAGACCCGUAGAUCCGCUGCAAACUUGCCCACUGUGUCGAGCGUUGGAUUUCGUCCGACGCUCUUGCAGCUUCAUCUAUAUUUCCACAUGCUUACUCGACUUGCCACCAGUGAUGAUAUCACAAUGGAGUCUAUAGGCCUACGAUACCGGUUGGACAUCGACCAACCGUUUUCUGACAGUUUUAUCGCUCAAGUGAAUGGAUUUGACAAUCAUUUUUUGGAUUUCAACUCGUCGCCAGAGAGCCUGGCCGAGUCCUUUGGCGAUGAAGAUCUUCUCGACAUACUCGUCGAUCAUAAUUCUCUGUCUAGCCUUUGGUCACUUAUGAAGGAGCACCUCCGGCUUACUCUCCUCCCUACGACGCAAGUCCACGGAGAUUCGCCUUCUGAUCCAUCCGUCGUCGCCCCCACUGCUAAGCCUGACAAUGACCACAGCCCUGACAUCGUCGAAUCUUCACCUUCUACCAUUCUCUCACCCCUCCUUACAGCUUCAUACGUCUAUGCCCCAACCGGCUCCACCGAUGCCGUAACGUUUUUAGGCAGCAGAUCAUUUUUCUUUGAUGAAAAUGAUUUAUACCCCUAUCUCGCUGAUGGAAUGCGCUUUUGGCGUGGAGACAGGAACGCACAAGGCGUUGCCCUCGAGGAAGCAUGGAAAUGCAGAAUUUGCGAGUUUCGAGACGAGUGUGAGUGGAGAGGCGCGAAAGAGAAUGAGGUUUUGAAACGAGGAAGAAGAAAUGAUACUUGA